CCCGCCGGCGCGCCGAGCGAGUGGGAGCGAUGUGGGCUGCGCGCAUCUUCCGAGCUCCCCGCGCCGGGGCCCCCCACGGCCGGCGCGCGCAGUCGGCGCUGGCCCAGCUGCGAUGCCUCCUGGAGGGAGAGUUGGAAAGUAUCCGCGGGGCCGGCACCUGGAAGAGCGAGCGGGUCAUCACGUCGCCCCAGGGGCCGAGUAUCCACGUGGAGGGCGUCUCUGGAGGGAUCCUUAACUUCUGUGCCAACAACUACUUGGGCCUGAGCAGCCACCCGGAGGUGAUCCAGGCUGGGCUGCGCGCCCUGGAGGAGUUCGGAGCUGGCCUGAGCUCUGUCCGGUUCAUCUGCGGGACGCAGAGCAUCCACAAAGACCUGGAGAGCAAGAUCGCGCGCUUCCACCAGCGGGAGGAUGCCAUCCUCUACCCCAGCUGCUUCGACGCCAACGCCGGCCUCUUUGAGGCCCUGCUGACCCCGGAGGACGCUGUGCUGUCGGAUGAGCUGAACCACGCGUCCAUCAUUGACGGCAUCCGGCUGUGCAAGGCCCACAAGCUCCGCUAUCGCCACCUGGACAUGGCCGACCUGGAGGCCAAGCUGCAGGAGACCCAGAAACACCGGCUGCGCCUGGUGGCCACGGACGGCGCCUUUUCCAUGGACGGUGACGUCGCGCCCCUGCAGGAGAUCUGCCGCCUGGCCUCCCGCUACGGCGCCCUGGUCUUUGUGGACGAGUGCCACGCCACUGGCUUCCUGGGGGCCACAGGACGGGGCACGGAUGAGCUGCUGGGUGUGAGGGACCAGGUCACCAUCAUCAACUCCACGCUGGGCAAGGCCCUGGGGGGAGCAUCAGGGGGCUACACGACGGGGCCUGCGCCGCUGGUGGCCCUGCUCCGGCAGCGCGCCCGGCCCUACCUGUUCUCCAACAGCCUGCCCCCCGCCGUGGUGGGCUGCGCCUCCAAGGCCCUGGACCUGCUCAUGGAGAGUAACAGCAUCGUCCAGUCCAUGGCGGCCAAGACCCAGCGGUUCCGCAGCAAGAUGGAAGCGGCCGGCUUCACCAUCUCGGGAGCCAAUCACCCCAUCUGCCCCGUGAUGCUGGGGGACGCGCGGCUGGCCUCCCGCAUGGCAGACGACAUGCUGAAGAGAGGCAUCUUCGUCAUCGGGUUCAGCUACCCCGUGGUCCCCAAGGGCAAAGCGCGCAUCCGGGUGCAGAUAUCCGCCGUGCACAGCGAGGACGACAUCGACCGCUGCGUGGACGCCUUCGUGGAGGUGGGGCGGCUGCACGGGGCGCUGCCCUGA